AUGUCUGGACAUGGAGGGCAGCAGGAGAGGUGGGAUUUGAGGGAUGAUGUGCUGGGGCAGCACUGCACUCACGGAAGGAUUGUGUUUUUGCAGGAGUGCCGGAUUGCUCAUCCCAUCGUUAAAUGCACUUACUGCAGGACUGAAUUCCAACAGGAAAGCAAAACCAACACGAUAUGCAAGAAGUGUGCUCAGAACGUGAAGCUCUAUGGCACACCCAAACCUUGCCAGUACUGCAACAUCAUAGCAGCAUUUAUUGGAAACAAGUGCCAGCGUUGCACCAACUCGGAGAAGAAGUAUGGACCUCCUCACUCGUGUGAGCAGUGCAAGCAGCAGUGUGCCUUCGACAGGAAGGAUGACAGGAAGAAGGUGGAUGGAAAGCUGCUGUGCUGGUUGUGCACCUUGUCCUAUAAACGUGUUCUGCAGAAGACCAAAGAGCAGUGCAAACACUUGAGCAGCUCUUCCCGGGCCAGUCUGCAGGAGAAGGAACAGUUCAGUAGGCUCAGCAGCAGCAGCCACUAUAACAGCCAGAAAACCUUAUCCACCUCUUCCAUUCAGAAUGAAAUCCCAAAGAAGAAAGCCAAGUUUGAUGCCAUAUCUGCCAAUGGUGACAGCUUUUCUCCAGACCUCGCCCUGGACUCCCCUGGCACUGACCACUUUGUCAUCAUUGCUCAGCUGAAGGAGGAAGUGGCCACUUUAAAAAAGAUGCUGCACCAGAAGGAUCAGAUGAUUCUGGAGAAGGAGAAGAAGAUUACAGAGCUGAAAGCUGACCUACAGUACCAGGAAUCACAGAUGAGGGCAAAGAUGAACCAAAUGGAGAAGACACACAAGGAGGUCAUGGAGCAGUUACAGGCUAAGAACAGAGAACUCCUGAAGCAAGCAGCUGCCCUGUCCAAAGGCAAAAAGCCUGAGAAGUCAGGAGCAAUAACCUCCCCUUAAAGCCACCCCCCCAAUCCGGGAGCUUUCCCCAGCAUUAGCCAAGGAGUGUGGGAGACCUGCUGGAUCACUGGAAGCCAAAACCUCCAUGUUGUCACUAUCCCACUGCCGUGGGCCCCAUAGGAGUUCCUGCUGUGUGUUGCCUUCCGACAGCAUGCUCGAGCGUGGCCGGUGUCAGUCCACGGGGAGAGGUCCCAACCUUCCUGAAUCCCCCCUCAAGUACUGUUUUCUGGAAGAAUUCUUUUCCUAACCAGUUACUACCACUGCCAGCUCUUCCAGCCCUUCCCAUGAGCAAACAGGAACCUGCUGCAUUAGAGGCUCCUUGCUGGUUCCCAACCUGCUGCUGUGAAGCAGUCGCAAUUUUCCUGGAGAUAAACUGGGAGCUGCUUGUGGUGGGAGCUGGAUUUUUAUUCCCUUGAACUCUUCCCUCUUCAAAAGGAAGCCAAGAACUCACCAGCCCAACAGAUGUUCCUG